AUUUGUUUCUCUCUUCUUUAUUUGACGUUGAUAAAGAGAACCACCAUCUGAUGGCAAAGGCAGCGCUGCAAUUUUUACAUGAUUUAGAGUCGUUGUUGAAGCAAAGUACCGGGAGAGCAGUAAUGCGCCAUGUACCGUUGACGCUGCCGAAAAUACGACAGAAGAAGAAGAUGAAGCCAACGUCAUUCAGGACUUGUUCCGCCCGGAAUAUCAGCAUAGGAUGUGGCGCUGCACGUGAAUUUGAAUACAGUAUCGUCUUAUUUUACAGCUAAUUAAAUUUACCAUGUGUUGCUACGUGCCAUGAAGUGUUGUGAGGAAUCAUUUGAAGUCGUGUUAUAAUUUUAAAUUAGUUUCUCUCUGAUAUAUCUACUCAGCUCGCGAUUUUUAGUUUACAACGCCUGCCAAUUCACAGGAGUAUCGCAGGUGUGGGUUCACGAUGGGACAUCCUAGUCUGGAUAGGAUCAUUGAACUGCAGAAAAAUCCAGCCAAUAUUAGAAACCUUUGCAUUUUGGCACAUGUUGACCACGGUAAAACUACUCUUGCGGAUUGCUUAGUGGCAAGCAAUGGUAUCAUAUCAAGUCGCCAGGCAGGGAAGCUAAGGUAUCUGGACAGCAGAGAGGAUGAACAGAUCAGAGGAAUUACCAUGAAGUCCAGCGCCAUCUCGCUUCAUUACCAAGAGGGUGAUAAAAAUUUCUUACUGAAUUUGAUUGACUCUCCGGGGCACGUCGACUUCUCCUCUGAGGUUUCUACUGCUGUCCGUUUGUGUGAUGGUGCCAUUGUUGUUGUUGAUGCUGUGGAGGGAGUCUGUCCACAGACGCAGGUCGUGCUGCGGCAGGCUUGGUUGGAGAACAUCAGGCCAGUUCUGGUUAUUAAUAAAAUAGACCGACUUAUCAUGGAGCUGAAGUUUACCCCUCAGGAGGCUUAUGCCCACUUGCAAAAGAUCAUGGAACAGGUGAAUGCGGUCACAGGAACCUUGUUCACAUCCAGCGUGAUGGAGGAGCAAGCAGAGAAAAUAAAAGAGGACCAAGGAAGUGAGACACAGCAUGGAGAGCAAGUGUAUGAUUGGAGUGCAGGCCUCGAGGAGGUUGAUGACUCUCAUAUCUACUUCUCUCCUGACCAAGGAAAUGUGGUCUUUGCCAGUGCUCUUGACGGAUGGGGGUUCAGCAUCCAACAUUUUGCCCUCAUGUACAGUGAGAGGAUGGGCAUUAAUCCAGAGGUGCUUCUCAAAACCCUUUGGGGGGAUUUCUACCUUAAUGCGAAAGCUAAGAAGAUCAUGAAGGGAGCUCAGGUUAAAGGCAAGAAGCCACUCUUUGUGCAGCUUGUCCUGGAUAACAUUUGGAGUUUAUAUGAUGCUGUUGUUACUCGCAGAGACAAGGAGAAGGUUGAGAAGGUGCUGGCAUCUCUUGACGUCAAGGUGAUGGCCAGGGAUUCUCGUCACUCUGACCCUAAAGUCCUCCUGUCUGCUAUAUGCAGCCAGUGGUUACCAGUGUCUCAGGCUGUCCUAUCAAUGGUCUGUAAUAAGCUUCCGAGUCCAUUACACAUAGCAGCAGAGAGGGUGGAGAAGUUGAUGAGUGUUGGAGUGCGUCGAUUUGACACCUUGCCUGAGAGGACGCAGGAACUGAAAAAUGCAUUUCUCCAGUGCUCAAGCAAUGAAAAUGCUCCGGUUAUAGUUUUUGUAUCCAAGAUGUUUGCUGUGGACACAAAAGCCUUGCCUGAGAACAAACAAAGACCCUUGACUCAGGAAGAGAUUGCCCAGCGCAGGGAACUCGCGAGGCAAAGACAUGCGGAAAGGAUGGCAGCUGAACAGAUUGCGACUGUAGGACAGCAAAACCACUCAGUGAAUAAUCCCGUGGAUAUUCAAGCAAGAGGACAAUACAAAGACGAGAUGGAACCUCAGGUCCUGAAAGAGUCCAAGGCAGAGGAGCAAAUAGAGACCUUCAUCGCAUUUGCCAGGGUAUACAGCGGGGUCGUGAAGAAAGGACAAAGAAUAUUUAUCCUCGCACCAAAGUAUGAUCCUGCCCAGGGCCUGAGCAUGCUGCCUGAGCAAUGCAGUCCUUCUGACAGUUUACCUGAGGUGCCUCAUCUGUCCUGUUGUUUCAUUGAAAACAUUUACCUGCUCAUGGGCAGAGAACUGGAAGAGCUAGAAGAGGUGCCCUCUGGCAAUGUGCUAGGUAUUAAAGGUCUCGAAGAUGUUAUUUUGAAGUCAGCUACAAUUUCCACGACUCCUGCUUGCCCACCCUUCACCCCACUCAACUUUGAGGCAUCCCCCAUUGUACGAGUCGCCAUAGAACCAAAACACCCAAGUGAGAUGCCAAAACUGGUGCGUGGGAUGCGUCUGUUGAACCAAGCAGACCCCUGUGCCGAAGUGCUAAUCCAGGAGACAGGCGAACAUGUUUUGGUCACUGCUGGAGAGGUUCAUCUCCAACGCUGCCUGGAUGACCUCAAAGACCGCCGUGCCUCCUACUUCACCAUUGGAGCCUCCACACAACCAGGUGGUGAUCGGUUGACAGCGCCAUUCCCCUUUCCACCCGAGUGGCUUACGAUACGCGGCAACAAGUUUGCUAAAAUUGAGAUCAGCGCGUCUGAGCCCAUCAUUCCUUUCCGAGAGACAGUGGUGCGCCCUCCAAAAGUGGACAUGGUGAAUGAAGAUCUUGGCAAGCAGCAAAAAGUGGCCGUCAUUCACCAGGUAAAAGAGGAAGGUUCUCAUGGUCGUUCUUCAGAGACCCUUCAUGUUGACAGCAGUGGUUUGGUCACACUCACCACUCCAAAUAAACUAGCCACUGUCAGCGUCCGUGCAAUCCCCUUGCCACAGGAGGUGACUUGUCUUCUGGAAAACAGCUCAGCACUCAUUCGAACUCUCGAACAAGUCAAUAUGUCCUUGAGGGAAGGGAGGAAUCUAGACAUUAGUGUUAAGACCUUGGAAGCCAUUGCUGAAUUCAAGGCCCAACUGGAAAGCAUGCUCCAGGGAAGGAAGUGGAGAAACGCUGUGGAGCAAAUAUGGGCUUUCGGACCUCGCAGGUGCGGCCCGAACAUUCUGCUUAACAAGCUGGAGGGAUAUCAUCGGCCAUCUCUGUGGCAGUGUCUAUGUCGAGAAGAUACAUCUGGAAAAGAUGGAGCUCAGGCGAAAAUGAUACGAGAGUUUGACAACAGCAUCGUCAGUGGCUUUCAGUUAGCAACCCUGUCAGGGCCGAUGUGUGAAGAGCCGCUCAUGGGGGUCUGCUUCUCCAUUGAAAGAUGGGAUCUACAGUCUUCAAACUCACCACAUCAAAAUGCCUUUGAAGAAAGUGGCACAUUUCAAGAGGCCUUGGGAGGUAGUAAAGCCCCCGAAAGCAUUAAUUCAUUGGAAGUGACCUCCACUGAGCCAAGUCAAGCCAAACGCUGUCAAGAGGCCACCCCCGCAGACUGCUACGGGCCCGUUUCAGGCCAGCUGAUUGCCGCCAUGAAGGAGGCAUGCCGCCACGCUUUCCAGGCUCAGCCCCAGAGACUCAUGGCUGCGAUGUACACCUGUGAAAUCAUGGCUACCGCAGAGGUUUUGGGCAGAGUAUAUGGUGUUCUUGGAAAGCGUGAAGGCCGCAUUCUCCAUGAAGAAAUGAAGGAAGGAACGGAAAUAUUCAUCGUCAAGGCUGUCCUGCCUGUCGCUGAGAGUUUUGGCUUUGCAGAUGAAAUUCGCAAGAGGACCAGUGGGCUUGCCAGUCCACAAAUGGUCUUCAGUCAUUGGGAGGUGAUCAGCAGCGAUCCAUACUGGGUUCCUACCACUGAGGAAGAAUAUCUGCACUUUGGAGAAAAGGCCGACUCCACUAACCAGGCACUCAAAUACAUGAAUGCUGUCCGCCGCCGAAAGGGCCUCUAUGUGGAGGAAAAGAUAGUUGAACAUGCAGAAAAACAACGAACCCUAAGCAAAAACAAAUAGACAAACCAAAUGGUCCCCUCUGCUCCACCAGAUGAGACUCAGUCAUUUUUGCAGGAACCAAAAUGCUAAAUCUGUCUGAUUUGAGCUCUGAGCCUAUCCAAUCUGUCGUCAGGCAUGACACCACAAAUGUUGGCUUUCACCUGACUGAAGCAAUAUUUUUAUUGAACACCUACUACAGUUUUUGUCAAAUGCAGAAUAGAAAAUAAAUGGACUAUUUUAAAAUUCAA